AUGGCUGACUCUGACGAGAUAAACAGUCCUCCUUUGGAAAACCACGAUGAUAAUGAUAGGGUUAAUAUAACCAAAGGAGAGCUUCGUUCACUGAUUAACACAGCUGUAUCUAAAGCUGUAGAAGAACAACUUAAGGAGUAUAGUGAGACGCAUAGUCGAGCCUCAUCUGUACCCCGCUCUAAAGCUGUCCCUAAAACUCAUUCAGAGCCUCAUAACAAGCCGCCCUCUAAAAAUGAAGGACCAAAGAAGGAUGACGAUCGUCAUUCAUCAAAUGAACACAGUGCCCCAUCCAAGAAGCCAGUGUUCGAUAAUGAACCACAUGCGGUCAGGUUGAGAUCGCUAAAGAAAUCUGAAGAAAGUAAGAGGAAGCGUGAGGAUGAUAACUCACGAGGGUCAGAGAAGAAGCGCAAGGGAAACACUGAUUCUAAGAAGUUUGGGUCUGGAAGGAACAGUCAGCAAACAGAGGAAAAACCAAAGUGCACGAAUUGCCAGAGACUCCACUUUGGAAAAUGCAGACUUGAAUCCAAUUCUAAUUCGGGAGCACCUGCAUGUGGGAUAUGCAAGUCUAAAGAGCACAAGUCGAUAGAGUGCAAGAAGAUAAAAAAUGCCACAUGCUACAACUGCAAUGAGAAAGGGCAUAUCAAAACCAACUGCCCUAAGUACGCCAAGAAACCUGAAGAGGUCAAGAAGACAAAUGCUAGAGUCUUUCGAUUGGAUGCCACAGAAGCGAUUCUAGACGAUAACGUGAUCACAAGAUUUUUAGGAUCAAUAAAAUUCUUUGUCAAAAGAAAGCUUACUUUGAUUGGCAACUGCGAUACUUAG